CCGCCCCUGCAUCUUGACUACUAACUACCAUCUUCCCCCACACCUCCACGUUCCCCGCCUUGUCGUCGCCGCCCCCGAUGUACGCCACCGCGGCACACGACCACAAGACCACCGGCCCCCAGGCCGUCAUCGACGGCAUCGACAGGCAGUUCCAACUCAGCAAGGAUUCCCUUGUCGAAAUCACAGAAGCCUUCCUGCGCGAGUUCAAGCAAGGACUCUCGAAGUAUGGCGAGCCCAUGGCCAUGAUACCGACAUUCGUGACCGGUGUCCCUGACGGUUCGGAAACUGGUACAUUCCUCGCCCUGGACCUUGGCGGCACGAACCUCCGCGUCUGCGAGGUCGUCUUGAAUGGGGACCGUACAUUCGACCUCACACAACAGAAGUACAAGGUUUCUGACGCCUUAAAGACUGGCGAAGCUACCGACCUCUUCGACUACUUGGCGGAUUCCGUCGACGCUUUCCUCACCACCCACGCCAAGUCUACCGCAAGCGCGCACGUACCUGGGACAGAGUCGCCAUACCCAACGAAAGCCGACUAUAACCCGGAAAUCGUCAACCUUGGCCUUACCUUCUCUUUCCCAGUAGAGCAAACCGCGCUCGACGAGGGAAAGAUCUUAACCUGGACGAAAGGCUUUUCCGCAAAGCAUGCCGUCGGAAACGAUGUCGUAAAGCUCCUGCAGGAUGCCUUCGACCGCAAGCACUUGCAUGUGCGCUGCGUCGCCCUUGUCAACGACACUGUUGGUGCGCUUCUAUCGCGAGCGUACACCGGCGGUGGCUGCACACUAGGCGCGAUCUUCGGCACGGGCACGAAUGGUGCCUACGUCGAGCAGGUUGCCAACAUCACCAAACUGGCCAACUCGCCCGCUGCUGCCAAGGGCGGGCAAAUGGUCAUCAACACCGAAUGGGGCGCAUUCAACAACACACGCACGCACCUCCCCAACACGCCCUACGACACCUCUCUCGACCGCCGGAGUAUCAACCCGCGCUUCCAGGCGUUCGAGAAGUUCAUCUCCGGGAUGUAUCUCGGCGAGAUCACCCGCAACAUCCUCGUCUCCCUCGUCGACGCCGUGCCGAAACCGCUGCUUUUCUCCGGCGCCUCCUCGGCAACGCUCAACCACCAGUGGGGGCUCGACACCUCGGUCAUGUCCGAGGUCGAGGAGGCCUGGGAAGCUGGCAGGGAGGGCACGUACUCGGGCAAGCCCAUCGACGCGCCGGACUUCGAGUCGCUGUCGGAUGAGGCUGAGAUCGACGAGAAGGUGAAGGCGCGCUUGCAGAAGAUCAAGGACAUCGUCGUACGGCGACUUCAGCUGCCCGCGAACGACGUCUCCCUGCGCGACGCCGCCAUCGUCCGGUGGGCAUGCGCGCUCGUCGCGCGGCGCGCGGGGCUGCUCAGCGGUACCGCCGUGGCCGCUGUGCUCAUACAAACCGGGCGCGGCUCGCUUCUGAAGGGCGAGCCGAACGGUACGAAUGGGAAGGCGGCGGAGCCGGAGGACAAGUUCAUCGUUGGUGUGGAUGGGAGCUUGAUCCAGUUCUACCCGAACUUCGAGCCGACGAUGCGCGAGGCGAUCCGGAUGCUGACGGGCGAGUCCGUCGAGAAGAGCGUCGAGAUCGGGCUCGCGAAGGACGGGAGUGGGGUCGGCGCGGCGCUGUGCGCGCUGCAGGCCAUCAAGCAGCUGGCAUAGCGCAUAUACGGUGUAUCGCAACGCCGUGCGCUGUGGCCAGUCAUGCAACGUGCAUAGGUAGCACAGGCGCGUCGCGCGUAGAGACGAGCAGAGAAGAAAUCAAAGUGUGUAAUAAUCAUUAUAGCUCACGUAUACUCACUUAUUGUCGAGCAUUCUAUUCUGUACUACAUGGGUGUAUUUUAUGAAGUACAUAGCAGCUGGAGAGCGAGCUUCUAUACAUGAGGAGGCGUCGAAAGCUAAGUGGAGACUGUCCAGUGGUCCCAGGAUUCUUUGCAGAUUGCAUCCCAGACCAGUCAGAAAUCAUGCUCUUAAGAGUUUAC